AUGGGCAGAGGUAAUUGGGGAAGGGGUAGAGUAGAAGAAGAUGAUGACAGUGAUAGCGAUUUUGUGUAUGAGAGUGACAAUGAGGAAAUUGAUGAGAGUGAUGAGGACAUUGACAUCGAAGACGAGAGUGAGGAUGAUGAUGAUAUGGAAGGUGGGGAUGAUGAUUCUAUGGAGAGUGGAGAUGAUGAUGAUUAUGAUGAUGAUGAUGAUGAUGAUGAUAUGGAGGGUGAGGAUGAGAUGGGGUCUGCUGAGGCAACUGAGGGAAGAGCUGCACAAAGUGUGAGUUAUGGCCAUUACAAAAAACCACCAAAGAAAGGGCAUCCCAAGCUUGGCGUGGUGGAGUUUAUUGAUGAAAAAACUAUCAAACAACCUAAAUACAAAAGGACCUUGAAAGCAAUAAUGAGAGCUGAAUGGAAAUAUGAGACAGCCUUUGAAAGAGGACGAAAACGAACUGCCUUUCUAAACAAAUGUGUUAAAAAGUUUAGGAUAUACUACUACUAUCCAGAAGACUAUACAGUGGAAGAGGGAAAUUCAGUGGUUAGAGAGCAUUUGAAAAGAAACUUGAAGCAUAAUAUGUUUAUUUGGAAGAGGGACGCUAAUAAACAGGUUGAGGAAGCUCUUAAAAAAGGGGAGGAGGCAAACCGGCUGAUGUUCAAGCCCCAUUACCUUGAAGAAGAUGCAUGGAAGGGUUGUUGCGACUACUGGGAUUCAACAGGACAUAAGCAGAUGUCGGAGACCAACAAGGAGAAUCGGAAAAAUUUGAAGUUCCCGCACGCUAGUGGGGCGAAGCCAUUUGAAGAACGACGCAUUGCCAGGGAGUUGGAAACGGGGGAGGUUAUGUCUGAACUGGAUCUGUUUAAUAUUGUCUAUACAAAGAAGCAUGCAGAACUGAUGGAAAUAAAGGAGGCUAUGGAGCGUGCUGCACAGGAAUUUGCUUCUCAAACAGGUGCUGAUGAGCCACCUCCAUCUCCUGCCACCUGCAGAAAAAAGAAUAUAUUAAUUUCUCUGCGAGCUCGUAAGUUAAAUAAAGGGAAGAUAUUUAUGAAUCCAAACAAGACUAUUCACGACUUUCUCGGGCCAGAGGAGGCUGCCGAAUGGACCACCUCGUCCAUUCCUGCACGUAUUCCGAAUCAUGCAUAUGAUAUGAUGGGUAGGGCACUAAAUGAGGUGACUGAUAUGGUCCAGGCCAUGGAUGGGAUAAAUGAGAUCACCCGAUCCCACCUUGAUGAGGAGUUGAAAAAAUUGGCUGAUGGUGCAUAUCCAAACAAGGAUGAUCCUGUACAAAAGGUAUUAUGGGGCCAAUAUAUCAAGGUUGCAGCAAGUUUGGCUAGUUCUCAAUUCGAGAGAUUCAAAAAGGUCAUAAUUGAGGAUACCGAGGAGGAUGGAACUGAAAAUGGACAUGAUAUGGAAGAUUAUGAAGGAAAUGCGGAUGGACAGAACAUAGAUGAUGAAGCAGGAGACAUGGAUGAUGACAGAGCAAACAUGGAUGGACAUUAUAGUGAUGAAGAUGGCAGCUUCAACAACACUCAACUUAGCCCUUAGUUUAUAUGCAUUGUCUAGUAGUCUAUCUCUAUGUGUAAUUAGAAGUUAUGCUUUUGUGAAUUCUAGUAAUCCGUAUGUGAAUUCUACCAAGUACUCUAGUCUCUUUAUGUAUUAGAAGUUUAUUUUGGCUUAAUGUUGAACUACUUUUGCUUUUGGUAUUCAAAUAUCUCAUUUACUAUAAAUUA